GCGCUGCUGUACACAGCGGCGGAAACCAGCUGGGAGCCAAAGCCCUCCCCGCCCCCUUUGGCGGGGGCUCUCCUUCUACUCCCUCCUCCGCUGGGGGCUCCCCCCCCCCACCUCCGCCGCAAAAAUGACUGAGGAAAGGUAUGACAAGCCUGCAAUAGAAGAAAAUGUCUUUGAAGCCUUGGAAAAAGACUUCCAAGAAGUCAUCAAUGAGCUUACAGGAGAUCAAAGCUUGGAAAAAUUUCGUGUGGAAUAUGAGAAGCUCCAUGCAAUUAUGAAAAAGUCCUACGAGAAUGAAAAGCGUCUCAUGGCAAAAUGCAGAGAACUUAAUGCAGAGAUUGUGGUGAAUUCUGCUAAAGUGGCUACUGCCUUGAAGCUCUCUCAGGAUGAUCAGACUACAAUAACAUCACUGAAAAGGGAGAUUGAAAAGGCCUGGAAAAUGGUGGAUGCAGCCUAUGAGAAGGAACAGAAAGCGAAAGACACCAUUUUGUCCCUUAAAGAAGAAAUCUUGAACUUGACUAAAUUAGUAGAACAAGGAUCCGGAUUAUCGCUAGGCCAAGAGCACAACAUGCGGGAAUUGCUAAGAUUUAAGGAUGAAGUUUCAAAGGAGCGAGACCAGCUUUUGUCAGAGGUUGUGAAGUUAAGAGAAAAUAUAGCAAAUAUGACAGACCAACAAACAGAGGCAGAAAAGACAAAAAUGAUGGCAGACUCUACCAUUUCUCAGCUCAACCAGGAAAUCCAGUUGCGUCAGAAUGAGGCUUCACGUGAGUCCCGCAAGAAAGAAAAAAUAGAGCGGGAACUGAAACAGCUUCACCUUGAUUUGGACAACAAAAUGAAUGAAAUGAAAGCAAUGCAGCAAGGGUUGAAUAAAAACAAGGAGGAACUCCUGAGGCUUGAACAACAACUCAAAGAGCAGAAGAUCCUGAAUGAAAGAGCCACAAAAGAACUGGAACAAUUUACAUUGAGAAACAACAAACUCCAGCAAGAGAAUGAACAGCACAGCUUGGCCAUUGAACAACUCAUGCAAGAGAACCAGCAGAAAAACUCAGAGCUGAGAGUAAGAGAGGAUGAGGUGUCUCAAAUGCGUCAAGAAAUUUCAAAGCUUUCUAAAACAAGAGAGCUUAUGCAGCGAAAACUACGUGUUGUGGAGGAGCAUAAAACACAGGCAGAAUUUGAACGGGACACCCUUAAAAAUCAGAUCAGUGGACUAGAAAAAGAGUUGGAAACAGCGAAAAAGCAAGCAGAAAUUGAUAAAAAAGCCAUAGAUGAACUUGUGAGGGAAAGGGAUAUCUUGAAUAAGAACUUGCUCAAAGCUGCCGGUGUCACUCAAAAGCAGAUGAACCUUGUUAAACUCCACGAACAGUCAAAAAAGAAUCUGGAAGAGGAAAUUCAAAAUUUUAAGGAUGAGGCUCAAAAACAGAGAAAGAUCAUUUUUCAGCUGGAGAAGGAGAGGGACCGCUAUAUCAAUGAAGCCAGCGAGCUCACACAAAAGGUCCUUCAUCAUAUGGAAGAUGUCAAACUGCGAGAAAUGCAGAUUUUUGACUACAAAAAGCAGAUAGCAGAGUCUGAAACAAAACUGAAACAGCAGCAGAAUCUCUAUGAAGCUGUGAGAUCUGAUAGAAACCUCUACAGUAAAAAUCUGAUUGAAGCACAGGAUGAAAUCAAUGAAAUGCGAAAGAAGCUGAAGAUUAUGACACAUCAGGUGGAUCAGCUGAAAGAAGAGAUCACUGCCAAAGAGGCAGCCCUUGUGAAAGUACAUUUGGACCAUCAGAGGAUAGAAAAAGAGAAAGAGGCAUUAAAGGGUGAACUACUUAAAAUGAGACAACAAGCUCUGGAGACUAAACAUUUUAUUGAAAAACAAGAAGAGGAAGAAAGAAAACUCUUGAAAAUUAUUUCUGAGGCUGAUGCAGAGAGGCUGAGGCAGAAGAAAGAAUUAGACCAGGUUAUUAGUGAGAGAGAUAUCCUGGGAAGUCAGUUGGUUCGGCGCAAUGAUGAACUGGCUCUUCUGUAUGAGAAGAUUAAAAUCCAACAAUCAAUUCUGAACAAGGGGGAAAUGCAGUACAGGCAAAGACUAGAAGACAUCCGGCUGCUGAAGCUGGAGAUCAAGAAACUUCGACGGGAGAAAGGAAUACUUGGCAAAAGUGUGGUAAACGUGGAAGAACUCAGGCAGGAGGUUUAUCACAUGCAGAAAGAGUUGUUGAAAGAAAGGACCCGCUGUAGAGCCCUGGAGGAAGAGCUGGAGAAUCCCAUGAAUGUUCACAGAUGGAGAAAACUGGAGGCUAGUGACCCAAGUACCUACGAACUGAUACAGAAAAUACAUGCGUUGCAGAAACGGCUUAUCAGCAAGACAGAAGAAGUGGUUGAAAAAGAGUUGCUUCUCCAGGAGAAGGAGAAGCUGUAUGUAGAACUGAAACAUAUCUUAGCCCGGCAACCUGGACCAGAAGCAGCAGAACAGCUGCAGCUAUAUCGGCACACACUACGGGAAAAGACCAAGCAACUAAAGGUUUUAUCUUCUGAGCUGAAUAUGUAUGAAUCACAGAGUCAAGAAUACAAAUAUGAAAUUGAAAGGCUUGCCAAUGAGCUUCUGAACAUCAAGAAGAAAUAUCUUACUCAAAAACGGAAGGAACAUGAAAACAAGGAAAAGGAAAGAGUCUUCAGUAACAUGGAAAAUGACUUCCCCGGACAGAAGACCAGAGUUCCACGUUUCACUGGAGGUGGCUUCCCUCUUAGCAACCCACCACCCAAAAUUGUGGCCUGAACAAUUUGCACAAUCACACCUCAUUUUCUGCCUUGCCAUCUCUGUCUGAACUAAAACAUUACUCUUGGAUAUAUACAGCACUGAUAUUGCUUUGAGAGGAACCUGUAACAAAUUACUGACUUGAGAUAACUGUGGUUUUUUAAUCAGAGGCUGGAGUAGGUGAUGUUUUUUGUACUCUCUUCGUCAAAUGCUGCCCUAUAAAUAUCAUAGAUGGGAGAGGUGCUCAUUAAAAAAAAAUCUUUACUGUGUUAGGUAUUAUUUCCAAGCUCCUCGAUUGAAGGUAUGGUGUGUUGAAAUCAGUGCAACUUACUUCCAAGUCAAUAUGUUGAGAAUUUAGCAUUAUAUGUGUAAUCAGAAGUUUCUAAAGAUGCAUAGUUGUUAUGGCCUCAAACUGCCGCCUCCUAUGUAUACUCCUUAAAACCCUGUGACAAAGAGGACAUCACCAGUGCAGCCAUCUUACGAAAACACAGUGCUAAAAAUUGGUCUGCUUUUAUUUGUGAAGCUCUGAGCUCCUGUGUAUUAUGUAGGAAGAGACACUAGGAAGAUCAGAAAGGUGUAUGGCAGUGCUAAGCCUGCACAUUCUAGGAAAUGCUAUUCUUUUUUGCAAGGUGCAGGUGUCAAUAGGGUGGUGACCACCUAACAGUGCCCAAGGCUUCUUUGUUGGGGUGUGCCUUGUUUUCAUUUAAUUUGUUUCUUACAUUCCAAAUGUGGAUGCUAAAUGUAAUCACGCUUAAAGGAAAACAGAUUUGCAGCAUUUAAAAUUGUUUACACAUGAAACCUCCCUACCAUGGUAACUUUUCAACCCAAAGUGACCUAAUUAUUUGUCAUAUGAUAAAGGCCCAAUAUGAGGUUCUGGAGGAGGAGGCGGCGGGAUGCAAGAUACCCAGGCUGUACAGAAUAAAAUGUCUUGAAAGUG